AUGUCGGAGGUGGCGCUCAAGGUUGCCAUGGCCUGCGAGGGCUGCGUGGGCGCGGUGCGGCGCGUGGCGGAGAAGCUGCCGGGUGUGCAGGCGGUAGACAUCGACCUGGCGGCGCAGAAGGUGCUGGUCAAGGGAGCCAACCUGGACCCUGCAGCGGUGAAGGAGGGAGUGGCCAAGAGCGGCAAGGCCACUGAGCUCUGGCAGUAG